CACAGAAAGUGUUGACAAAGUCUACAGGAGCUCACUGGUCAGACAGAGGGGAGGUCUCAGCUCUGCGCUUACCCUUUUCUGCUGCUUUUCGGUGCUUUCACUGCUUUGUCACACAGCUGGGAACAUGUCGUCCAUCUCUGUACCGCCGCCAAAAUGUCUGCAGAAACCACUGACCGUUCCAUUUCGUCACAUGUUUGGACCAGGACCUUCCAAUGUUCCUCCUCGAAUCCUGGAGGCCGGGGCCAAUCCUGUCAUAGGACACAUGCAUCCAGAGAUAUUUGAGAUAAUGAAUGACAUUAAAAGUGGAAUCCAGUACAUGUUUCAAACUCAGAACAACAUGACAUUAGCAGUGAGCGGCACUGGACACACUGCGAUGGAGUGUGCCAUCUUCAACACGGUGGAGGCCGGGGAGAGCGUGCUGGCUGCAGUCAACGGCAUAUGGGGUGAACGAGCAGCGGAAAUGGCUGAAAGGAUUGGUGCCAGGGUGAACACAAUAGUGGCGCCCCCUGGUGGAUUCUUGUCCAAUGAAGACAUUGAAAAGGCCUUAUCAAAACACAGACCAGCGGUGUUCUUCCUCGCACAUGGAGAGUCUUCUACAGGAGUCCUGCAUCCUUUAGACGGUAUCGGACAGCUGUGCCAUAAGUAUAACUGCUUGUUUCUUGUUGACUCUGUGGCGUCAAUCGGGGGAGCUCCUCUGUACAUGGAUCAGCAAGAGAUAGACAUCCUAUACACAGGCUCCCAAAAAGUUCUGAAUGCUCCUCCAGGUACAGCACCAAUCUCGUUCAGUGAAAGAGCAUGCCAGAAGAUAUUUAACCGCAGAACAAAGCCUGUGUCAUUCUUCUUGGAUCUGGGUUGGCUUGCAAACUACUGGGGAUGUGACGGCAAACCCUCAAGAGUAUAUCACCACACAGGUCCAGUCACUGCUUUUUACUGUCUGAGGGAGAGUCUGGCUGUCCUUGUUGAGGAGGGUCUGGAGAACUCAUGGGAAAGACAUCAAAACGUGGCAGAAUAUUUCCAUGCUGGUUUAGAGAGCAUGGGUCUAAAACUAUUUGUCAAAGAAAAGACUGCAAGACUGCCAACGGUGACCACUAUUGUUGCUCCUCAUGGAUACGACUGGAAAGAGAUCACAACGUACAUCAUGAAAACACAUAAUCUGGAGAUUUCUGGAGGGCUUGGGCCAUCAGUUGGCUUGGUGCUGCGUGUGGGACUGAUGGGAUGUAACAGCAGCAAGGCUAACGUUGACAUGGUGUUAGCUUCACUGAAAGAUGCUCUGAAACACUGCCAUAAGAGCAAAGUGUAACAUGCUAAAAAAGACAAUCCUGAAUCAAUGUUACUGUCACCAGGACUGACUGUGACUGACUGUUUCACGAUAAAUCUGUUGUCAUUCUGA